AUUUACAUGCCAAGUAAUUAAUAUUUUUAUAUCUUUGUAACAGUAUUAACACUUGAAUAAUUUACACUUUUCACGUGGUUUAUAAAACUAAUUACUGGCAAUAGUAUAAACCAUUAAAGUGCAGUUAUCUGGACGAAGCUACGUAACACCGUAAGCAUCCAUAAUGUUUAAUUUUACUGACUUUUUUACGGUUAAUAUGGAAGAAGAAUUGAAAGAGAACUCAUCAGACUUGAAAUGCAUUUCAAUAAGAGCAUCCAGUCGUAAUAAAAUAGUCAGAAUUGAAGGAAUUAAAGCCAUAUUGGAAAAGAACUACACGGUGGCAAAGAAUUCGAUAAUGGAAACAAUUGAUUUCAUCAGGGACGAGUUUCUGAAAGACUUGGACAAAGUUGUGCAAAGUAAAUUUGCUCUCCUUAACAAGAUGAAAGUUAAUUUGGAGGAACAAUCUGACAGUUUCGAGAGAGGUAUACUAGAAAAACACUUAGAUGACUUCCUAAUUUUAAAUUUCACCGUUAAUGAUGUCACUAAUACGAAGUAUUCUGUUGGAUACAUAAAGACUUCUCCUGUGUCACCCGAUUCAUUUAGACUUAUCAUAACUAAGAGCACGUACCACAUCGGUACGGAAUUAAAAAUCCUGGUGAAAGGUAAGAGAUUUUGGUAUCCCUUCCUAAUCCAUUCCUUGAGAAGUCGGGUAGAAGAUUCUGAUGGUAUGGAGAUUUCUUCAUCCGUAAAGGACUUAGAAAAUGGUUCUUAUGUGUUAGCCUUUUGUUUGAAUAAUUACGGGAAAUUCACAAUACACGUGACGUUAUACGGCAGAAAUAUAAUUAAUAGCCCAACCGUCAUCAACAUCAAAAGAAAAGAUGGGUACAGCAAAUGCUCUACAAUGAACCGUUACGAGAGAGAUGAGGAAUAUUACGAUUUAACAUUCGAAAUCUGCGAUAACAGCAGAAUAUUUUACUGUACAGAAGAAAGUCACGUAAACGAUUUAACCUAUGACGAAGAAAUUAAAGUAGAUAGUGUUACCGGGCACUUAGUAUGCACGAUAUCUCGAGAGAACGGUGUGAAUUUAAAGUUUCCAAUAGCCCUGGCCGUUAAUAGCAAUAAUGAAAUUGUCAUCUGCGAUACGGGAAACAAUAUAGUAUGGUUACUAGACGAGUUAGGAACACCGAAGAAUAUUGUUAUUGCUACAGGUUCUCGUAAGAUGGUACGACCCUCUGCUGUGGUGUUCGUGGAUGAAAGAAGCUUCGUAGUCAAAGACAAUUACGCUCUUCACCAUUUCGAUACAAAUGGUUACUUCAUCAAGAGUUUCGGGCACGAAGAGCUUAACAGAGCAUUCGGUUUAGUUCUAACGGAAGACGAAAAACUGGUUACGUUAAACGAUGCCACUGGCAAUUUGGCAAUUUUCAAUAAGCACGGACAGAUGGAAGAUUGCAGCAUCUUCGAACCUGUUAACAACAAACCGAAACACUCCAUGUGCCGUUUUAUGGCUUCGUAUAAGAACGAAUUGGUUGUAUCCGAUCUUGGCCUGAAUAAAGUAUACAAAACUUCACUUCAAGGAAAAACGAUUCAAAGUUUUGGAAAAUUUGGAAGAAUGCCCGGUGAAAUGCACGAGCCCACUGGUAUCGCCUUUGACUCCCUGGGUACAAUGAUAAUAGCUGAUAGUAUGAACGAUCGCAUACAGAUUUUCGAUUCCGAGUGCGAUUAUUUGGGUUUGGUUAAGUUAAGCAGACCCAUUCGUAGGCCAUCUGGCAUAACAUUAACCAAAGACGGUUGGUUGUAUGUUCUCAGUUUUCUCGAUCAUACGCUUUCUGUUUUUGAUUUAAAAUUACAAGAAUAAUUGAAUGCUUCUUUUUUUUCAAUAAGUUUCGAACGUUGCAUUUCUCGGCUUGCAUGGAAAAGCAUAGUUUUUCAUUUGCAAGUGGUCUUAAAUUUAUGUAAAUUUUGAACUUAACAAUACUUUUUUUUACGUUAUCAAGUUCCAAAAUGGAACUAUGAUUUGAUUGAUGGUGUUACUAACAUUUUUCG